GGAGCAGCGCAAGUCUGGCCGCCUGAAGACCCAAAUGACACUCGGGCUUACGACUUCAAUCACGAUGAAGAGGAUGACGGACAUGCUUUGGAGCUACCAGACUCACCAUGGACAUACGAGAACGGUUCUGUAAACCCCUCAUUGGAACCAUCCAACGCUUUUCGCAGACGAGCAACACAAGCAUCCAGACAAUCCCAUCGUCCGGAAGAAGGCAACGUGUCAAAAGUUCCUCCGUACCAUCCAGAUUACGGCAAAUCACCUCCGUCUGCAUUAAACAACCGCUAUUCUUCUUCCGAGGGAAGUGAAGAGAGCGACAGCGAUGAGUAUCGAUACUAUGGAGGGAAACGACGCGUGCGUCGAGGAUCGGAAGGACUGGAAGUUAGAAUGGGUGCAGCGGACCGUGAGGCGAUCUUAAGGCGGUAUAUGUUUACUCGGGGUCCUGAGAUUGGGAAAUACCGGGUGUACAAACCAGAGCCUCAUUCACCUUCGUUGUCACCUUCCCCGCCUAUUGAACAAGUACCGGACGAAUUGCCUCUUGGUGCGGAAGCGGGCAACCAUUAA